UGUAAAGGGGAGAGCAGUACGGAGGGUCCAUCUAGAUCCCCCAUCUGACUCAAUGAUCUGACCGCCCUUACGCGUUACGUCCAAUCAAGCAUUUAUCGAACCUUGUUUAUUAAGAGGUCUAUAAGCAGUGCUUUGUAUUCAGUCAGUGUGUGUUUCCUACAGAUGGAUCCAGUAAUGGGAACCCACCAGAGAGAUGUCCCCGUCCUCUGUAUUCCCGGGAUUCCACACAGGAAGGUCACACCAUCCCUUACCAGGUUCAGGUCGGUGGAACUGAGGAUUUUGCCAAAUACCAAUACCAAGCCGUUGAUGAAGUUGAGACGGAUGACGAUGAUCCAUCUUGGGAGGAAGAAAGUCCCUUAGAGAUGAGUUCAGAUGGACAUCUCCUUUUGUCUUCAGACUUUGAUGUGGAAGAUGAGGACAUCACAGGUGGUUCUCCAGAAGGAAACCUCAGUACUGCAAAUACCCGUCAAGGACGUAUUGGGUUGAAUAAAUCCCUAGAUGUCUCUAGCGUUGAGAAACCUCUUACUGAUACUCUUGAAAAGUGUUUACCUCAGAAGGCAGAAAUUGACCACCUCCGAAAGCUUCAUUCCACUAAGAAGCCAUUUCAGUGCACUAAGUGCGGGAAAUGUUUCGGCUUCAGGUCGCUACUGGUUAGCCAUUGGAGGAGCCAUACGGGAGAACGCCCCUUUCCCUGUCUGAUUUGCGAUAAACGUUUUGCGCAGAAAAUUACUCUUGAAAACCACAAGCGAAUUCACACGGGUGAAAAGCCCUAUGAAUGCCCUGAGUGCGAAAAAUGUUUUAGAAGCCACCCGGGUUUGAUCGCGCACCAGAAAAAACAUAAACAUAAAAAAACAGAAAGCAGAAAACCCUUCACUCCCAAAACGGGUCUCGCAAACCACCAAAGGGAGGAGCCAUAUUUGUGCUCCAGACGCGGGAAACGUUUGACAGAUACGUCAUCUUUGACAGAACAUCAGAAAGCCCUUGAGGUGGAAAAGCUGCUGUCGUGCACUGUAUGCGGCAAGCGGUUCAGUCAUAGGUCCGCACUCAUCAUGCAUCUCCGGGUUCAUAAGAGAGAGAAGCCGUUCACCUGCUCCGACUGCGGGAAACAAUUUGCGCAGAAGGUGGAUCUUAUCAUGCACCAGAAAACCCACACAGACGAUUGUCCCUAUACCUGUACAGAGUGCGGGAAACGUUUCGCACAGGAGGUCCGGCUGGUCAAACACCAGAAAGCACACCAAGGCCAGAAGCCUUUUUGGUGUGGUCAGUGUGGAAAAAGAUUCCAAAAUUCAGAAGAUCUGAACAGCCAUCAAAUGACGCAUUCUGGCGAAAAGGUUUCUUGGUGCUUGGAUUGUCUAAAGUGUUUCAGGGACCCGUCGGCUCUGGUCAAGCAUCAGGAGAGUCAUGAAAAAGGGAAGCUCUUCGAGUGCGCAGAGUGCGGUAAGGUUUUCAGCGUCAGGUCAAUGCUGGUCAGCCAUGAAAAGAGCCACAGUGGUGAGCGGCCCUUUUCCUGCACCGAUUGCGGGAAGAAAUUUAUGCAAAGGUCGGCAUUGCUUAUCCACCUACGGAUUCACACGGGAGAAAAACCAUAUCGCUGUUCAGAGUGUGGCAAGCAGUUUACACAGAAAGGAAAUUUACUUCAACACCAGAAGACUCAUAAAGAGAGGUUGGAUAGUUUCCAGAAAAACAGUCCCAGGUAAUAGUAAAAAAACACAUAAUCUCGGGUAGGAAGUCUUUCCGAAGUCAGCAAAAGUGUCCUAGGGCCGUUUCCGAGGCCCUACGAAAAAAUGAA